AUGCAGGACGCAGAACUGGCCAAGCGAAAGAAACGAUGCUACGAUCUAGUGGUGCAGCUUGAUGAGCUCGAGGGCCAACAACGCGUGCAAGAUGAGCACCUCCAGAAGAUUAAGCGACAAAAGACCGAUCUGCACACCGAGUUCGAGAACGAGAAGCGAUCCUUUGUCGAGGAGUGGGCCAAGGCGGAGGCAGCACCCCGAACUAUUGGCUCAGCGCAGGCACGACUCGCGGCGGCUAUCAUCGCCUAUGUGGAGACGAUUUGCGGGUACCUGCCGCAGGAAAUGCAAACCCAGUGCGAAGAGAUGGUACAGAUCGGAACGCCAGUGCUGAUUAAUUUCCUCAUCGAGGAAAUGGGACCCAAGCUGUUGUGCCAGGACAUCAACCUCUGCAACUCCACAGCUUCGCCAUCCCCCACUCCUUCUGCCGUCAAGCCCACUCCCGCCUCCGACAAGUGUGUGAUUUGCGAGUUCGUGGUGUCUACCCUGCAAGGUCUGUUGGCCAACGAAGCAACUGAAAAGCAGUUCCUCCAGGAGUGCGCCGAGGCUUGCGUCUAUCUGCCCCUGGCCGAGCAACAGCCCUGCAAAACGUUGAUCCAGCAAUACGGCGCGUCGGCCAUGGUGGUCGUGCUCAAGUACGCCACACCCUCGUUCGUCUGCGAGGAGGCGCGUCUUUGCUAG